AUGCUGGUGGAAAUGGAGCAGGUGGUAAUAGAGGGUUAUUUUCAAGCCGGGGGCAUGAGUCUGCCUCUCCCUCCGGCUCUGCCCGCUGAUCGAAACUUUAGGCGGCUUCCCGGCCCCGCCUCCCCCGGCCCGAGGGGGGUUUGUCCAGCUGCCCCCGGUGCUGGGCGGAGGAGCGACGGCUGCCCUCUGGAAGAUGUUGAUAUUCCCAGUAGGCGAGUUUUGAUUACUGGUGCUACGGGACUUCUUGGCAGAGCUGUGUUUAAAGAAUUCAAUGAAAAUAAUUGGAAUGCAGUUGGCUGUGGAUACAGGAGAGCUCAGCCCAGAUUUGAACAGAUUAAUCUUCUGGACUCUAUUGCAGUUCAUGACAUUAUCCAUGAUUUUCAGCCUCAUGUUAUAGUGCAUUGUGCUGCUGAGAGAAGGCCAGAUGUUGUAGAAAGUCAACCAGAUGCUGCUUCUCAGCUCAAUGUGGCUGCUUCAGGGAACUUAGCGAAAGAGGCAGCUGGAGUUGGAGCAUUUCUGAUCUACAUUAGUACAGAUUAUGUAUUUGAUGGAACAAGCCCUCCUUAUAAAGAGACUGAUGUACCAAAUCCCCUGAAUUUAUAUGGUAAAACCAAACUGGAGGGUGAAAAGGCAGUCCUGGAAAAUAAUGAAGAUGCUGCUGUACUUAGGAUUCCUGUCUUGUAUGGAGAGGUAGAAAGACUGGAGGAAAGUGCUGUGACUGUUAUGUUUGAUAAAGUGCAGUUCAGUAAUAAAUCUGCCAACAUGGACCACUGGCAACAAAGAUUUCCUACUAACGUCAAGGAUGUAGCAACUGUUUGCAGACAACUAGCAGAGAAGAGAAUGCUGGACCCAUCAGUGAAAGGAACGUUUCACUGGUCUGGCAAUGAACAGAUGACUAAGUAUGAAAUGGCAUGUGCAAUUGCAGAUGCUUUCAACCUUCCCAGCAGCCACUUGAGACCUAUUACUGAUUGUCCAGUUGUGGGUGCUCUUCGUCCAAGGAAUGCUCAGCUGGACUGCUCCAAGUUGGAGAUGCUGGGGAUAGGUCAGAGAACGCCAUUUCGAGCUGGGAUCAAAGAAUCACUUUGGCCUUUCCUUGUUGACAAGAGAUGGAGGCAGACAGUCUUCCAUUAGUUUCUAACUUUUUUAGUAAAAGUAUGGUAUGUGGCACUUUUUUAAAAGAAGAAAAUAGUUUUGUAUGAGUGUUCUUAAAUUGUGACAUUUCUGAGUUUUCAUUUAAUCAGGUAAACAUAUGGUCUUGCACUAGUGAAAUUGUUAGCCUAAAAAAAGUUCAGUGGCAACAACUGAGCCUGUUUGAUGUCAUGGAUCUUUCCUUCCAUUCGUACCAGUCUAACUUAAUGUCUAUUCCUAGCAGAUUAUGGUUCUUAGUAAUCAGUACCAUUUGAUGCUAAGAAUGACUCAGAUCACUUGUAGACUUAAUUUUGGCUGAAAUACGUUGUUGAUGCUUUAAGGUCUGUGCCAUUGUUGUAUAUACCAUUUCUCUUCAUUAAAAGACAUGGUCAGUUGCUUUAUCACCAAAAAUCUGAGUUUUUUGUCUUUAACUUCUGAAGGUGGUGUUCUUAUGAAGUUAAACUGAAGUAGGAAUUGUUAAAUGUUUUGCUUGAGCUCUGAUCAAAAUGUUUUUUAAAAAAAGUGAAACUUUAUUUUUGCAAUUAUCAAGUGUACUUUUUAUGCUUGAAAUAUUUUCAGAAUGUUCUGUAAGUUGAAUGCUUUCUGCUUCAUAUUUGUACAGUAAGUUGUAUGCAUUUAUUUUAAUGGUGACAUAAAAGCUAGAAGAGGGUGGGGAACAAAUAGUUUUGACCUGGGGGUUUUUUGGGUGGGGGAAUUUGAGUUGGAGGAUUUUUUUUUUUUUU